AUGAGGACCAAGUUGUGUCAACUGGUUGCACAGUUCUUCCUCUUAGGAGUGUUGCUAUCUGUGGCGGACAGUAAAGGGACUUUCUAUGGAGGCCAUGUCAACCCUUUCUAUGGAAACAGAUACAACCUGUUCAAGGCUGGACUCAACCCUCACCAUUUACCAAACAAGCCCAUGACUCGUCACAAAAACCACUGUGCCUACGUGGUCCAGAAGAACAUCACAUGCACCAUGCAGGAUGGAGUGUCCACCUAUGUGAAGGCUGAGUACACCACCAAGUGCAUCUGGGGUCAGAAGUGUCCUGUUGUCAUGUACAGGACAUUCUACAAACCAAAAUACAAGGUGGGUUUUAAGACAGUGACUGAGCUGGAGUGGAGAUGUUGUCCUGGCUACUCUGGAGAAAACUGCUACGAUGGACCCACGCCAUCCCCUGAUGGCGUGAUUCCACCUUUCAAGGGUCCUGGUAUGCCCCAUCGCCCAGGGAUGAAGGGCUUCCCCCAUGGCCCUAGACCCCCCGUGGACCAGAAACCUGGAGGAGGCCAGCUGGAGCCGGGCAAACCUUUCCCAAAUGUGCCUGACCACAGACCAAUACCCACAGGACAACUGCCUGCUGGAGGCGGAAAACCAAACCAUGGAAACAAAUUUGGGAUUUCUGGAGUGACCGGUGAACGUUUGGACCGUAUGGAGGACGACAUGCGUCGCCUCACCCAGGGUCUGGACACUCUCAACGGGGUGGUGGCUGGCCUUGAAGAGCGACUGCGUACAUCCCUCCGAGAGGAUACCAACAAAAUCUUGGUGUCUCUUUUGGCCAACGGUGCCCGUGUGCCUGACUCUACCGUGGGAUUUGGGGUGAUCCCAGAUGGGACACCUGAUGGGCUGGAUGGAGAAGAAAGAUUCACUGGAUUUGGAGAUUUAGCAGGGAGAGUGACAGAAGUGAGGGAUGAGCUGCGAGCCAAGACUCACAUCUUAGAGGAGAUCCAGGGAAUGGUCCUGGGUCAUGAUGGCCAGCUAAAGAGACUGCUGGAGGGAGCUAGAGGCAAGCCCAUCCCUGGUCCCGGCUCCACUGCUCAUGUUGACGAAAUCCUAGAUGCCAAACUGGCCGACAUGCGUGCUGAGAUCCUGGAUGGCUUUGAGCGUCGUCUGGCCGGUCUGGAGAACCUCUGUGACAAGAAGAUCGGGGAGGUGCAGAGGCAGUGUCACAGGGAGCACAUGGACGGCCAGGAGCAGAUGCAGCAGUCUCUGGAUGGAAGAGAGACUGGGCUCAGGGAGGAGUUGGGUUCCUUGCAGGCUCAGAUCCAGGGCUUGACUCUGACUGAGAGCUGCUGCGGACAGGUAAAUAGCCUUUCCCAGCGUAUGCUGCUGCUGGAGGAGUCAGUUAAAGGUUUGACAGAAUCUCAGAGGCAGCUCCAGACUGCCUUGGCUGACCAGAGCAUCCACGUGGAGACGCUGAUCGAGACCCGCCUGGUGGACAUAGAGGGCCGCCUCAAUGCCACCGAGGGUGGACCUGAUGGACUAGGGGGGGUCCCUGCCGGUCUGGAUGGCUUCAAGACGAUGCUGGAGGACAAGCUGAAGACCCUGGAGGAGAGAGUGUUUGUGGCUGUGGAGGAGCUGAGUAAUGCCACGGCCCCUGCGCUCCUGGAGGGCCAGGUGGUCCCGGCACUGGAGACGGAGAUCGAGUCUGUGAGGAGGAGAGUGGAGGGAGACCUGGACGGCAUUCAGAAACAGUUAAUAGACCUAGAGCUCCUCUGCACCUCCUCCUGCUCACCCUCCACACCACCAGCAGGGGGUGUCAGUGUCACUGAAGUGGAGGAGGAGUGUGAAGGGAUGGAGAAGAAGAUAAAAGAUCGCCUGGACAUUCAUUCUAACCGGUUGGACCGAUUAAACAACACCCUGCAGAACCUGCUCUUCAGGAUUGCCCAGGAGGACACAGAGGGCACGGUCCAGGGAGAGAUCACCCUGCUGAAGGUCAACAUCAACUCUGUGAACCGCACUCUGAAGGGCCUAAAAGACUCUAUUAGCUUCAUUACAAGUGAAGUGGGCCACGCUAACGCUACCUGGGAGCAGAGAGAGCAUCAGCUAGUAAACCAGGUGCAAGGAAUCACCAAACUAGUGGGCCACCAAGCCUCCCUCCUGGGGGCCGGGGAGAGGCGGCUGGCCCACCUGAAGGGAGAACUAGUGGCUUUGAAGAGACGGCUGGCCGGGGAGCUGCAUGGCUGCAGGAGCACAGCGAUAGAAGUACAGAGAGAGGUGAAGGACUUUGAUAGCAGGGUGAGCCAGGUAGAGGGCCAGUGCAGCAGCCUGGGAGAGCUGGCAGAGCACCUGGAAAGGAUCAGGGCAGAGCUUGAGAGACACUCAGACUCAUACCUGGCCCAGGUAAAUGGCACCCUGGCCAUCCAUUCCGAACAGCUAGCUGAGCUGAAAGGAGAGGUCAAAGACUGCGCGGCCAAGGAAGCAGCCAACCAAAAAAUAGACGAGUAGCAUCUGAGCUACAAAAUGUUUAAAAAAAAGAGACUUAAUGUGUGCUUCUCAUUAGGCUCAAGUGACUUCCUCUGCUUCUCUCUUCUCUUUUUCAAAUCCCAUCUGCACAGAUGCAAAUUAACUGAACCGGUGAAAGUCAUUUCCCAUAAGCUCCCGAGCCCAGUGCCUCCAGAUGUCCUGGGUAUUUAGUUUAGUGAAGUGAGGAGAAGCAGACACAGAAUACAAAGACACACCUUUGGUUGUAUAGCUGGGCAAUAUUUUCCCUUGAGAUUUUAUUCUGUAGGGCAUUUGGUUUUUUUCUCUGAUCAUGAUUGUUUUGUUUUCAUAUUUUACCUUUUUUUAACUUAUAUGAAGUGACUGCAUUGUUAUGAUGUUAAACUGUUUGUAUUAGAGAAGUAAUAACAAAGCAAAGUGAAUGAUAUGGGACUAAUACGCUGCUACGGGUUUCUACUGACCAGCACACUCGACAUCCCCUGUGUGGACAUUCGCCAGGUCUUUUUAAAGAAUACUGUAUGUCAACUUGGUGCUAUUUACAUUUUUGUAAACUCCUGUUUUACACUUGUUGAAAAAUGAUAUAUGUAUUUCUGCUUUGACAGUUUUGUUUGUUUCCUGCCGCAUUGCUCCAAGUUGCAGAGAAGUUCCAUAAUUCACCAGUGGGGGACAGUGACAACACAUUACAUAGCAUGGUAGAUGGAAAAGAAAUAAAAUCUAAAACACUC